AUGGUUUACCCCGGAGACCAUGGUGCUGGCAUAUUUUGUGGGCUAAUAAUCACUUUGUGGUCAUUUUGCGUGAAUAGUCUGUUUUCCGAGCAUUUGUUGCCUCAUAAUAAUGACGACAAACAAAAGGUUGACCCAAAUAAUGAUAAGGAUGUCGAGGAAAAUAUGUUUCUGAAUGAUGAUCCUGGUCCUAAGGAUGAUGUAGUGGACGUAGUCAAUGAUUUGCCUGAUAAUUGGAGUUUAGAUUCAGGACUUAAAGAUUUAUUUGAUGGUGCUGACCAGGAUUAG